AUGAUAAUUGAAUGCCUAUUAAGACAUAGUGUAGGGAAACGAGGGAUCAGAUGUAUUCACACGUCUCAACGGUUGGCCAAAGAAGCGCUGAAGAACUCGAAGAAUAAGAGCCAGUCGUCGCAGGAAUGGCUGAGAAGACAAUUGAACGACCCGUACGUCCGUCGGGCGCGGUAUGAGAACUAUAGGGCCCGCAGUGUCUUCAAGUUGAUGGAAAUGGACGAGAAGUACGGUUUGCUUAGUCCGGGAAUGAUUGUCGUGGACUGCGGUGCGGCUCCGGGCGCGUGGACUCAGUAUGUCGUACAACGACUCAAACUCGAUGCGUCCGAACCCCACACUACCGGCGCUGUCAUCGGUGUAGACAUACGGCCCAUACAACCCAUCGCCGGCGCUAUUCUCUUGAGUAACACAGACUUUACUAAACCGCUAAAUCAGUCAAAAAUCUUGCAUUCAUUGAAUGGCAAGUCAGUGGAUGUGGUGUUGAGUGAUAUGGCGCCCAACGCCAGCGGCCAACACGACUUCGACUCGAUGGCCAUUCACGCCCUGUGCUAUAGUGCUCUACAGUUCUCGUUAACAGUGUUGCGGCCCUUUUCGGGCACAUUUGUGACCAAAGUAUGGGAGGGCCCGACCACUCCCGCACUCAGAAACGAUUUAAGUGUAUUCUUCUCUGAAGUCAAACACUUGAGACCCGAUGCCUGUCGGGGAGACUCAACCGAGUCCUACAUAUUGUGUCGACAUUUCAAAGGCGUUAAACGCUAA